AUGUAUCAAUAGGGAAACAACUAUGAUUUUAAGAUAAUUUUAGGGAGAGUGAAGGAGAAGAAUAUGCGUUUGAGAUUGUGGUACAGUUAGACGAAGGGUGAAGAUUAUGAGAUAGUGAUCAAAUUAAAGGUGAAGAGCGACAUCGAUGUGAAGAGUGCCGAUAGUGAAUUCAAGGAGAGGUGUAAGAGUACUUACACUAUUCUAACAUCGUUUGUGAAAUAGAUUCGAGAUUUUUUGAAGCCCACAUUUGCACUCAGUUAUCAUGUAGAUGAACACUACGCAUACAUCACUUUUAAAUAUGCUAAUCAAAUUGAGUUGUAGGAGUUUAUGGAGAUCUGUUAAUUCAUUCGGGAGACAAUGGAAAGGUCGUAAGAAAGGGAAGAGGUGGAAUUAUAGAUUGAAAGAAGCAUAUCUAAUUGCUAUCUACCAAAUGAAUUUGGAAGUGCAAGGAAAAAGGCUGAAUUUCAAAAGGACAGCAUAAAGUUAUUGGAAAACCUAAAGUUGUGCAAACAGGAGAAUUUGCCUUUCUUUUUGUAAAAAAAAUAAUUGAGUCAAAUUUUAUUAUAUCUUUAAUUAUUAUAGAAGGCACAUGCAGAAGUCGAAAUAGACAAGGUGGAAUAUGAUGUGGGAUUUGCUCAACCCAGUAUAGAAUUGCCCUUCAAGUUUGCUAUCUAUGGGAAAUUGCAAAGAUUCGCUGAGCAAUAUUUGGAUGAUGGGAUUGAGUUGGCAAUCAAGGGACCUGGUUUGAGUGUGGAGAUUAAUUUCACUUACAAAGGGAGCAUCUUCUAAUUGAUUGACAAUGUUUUAAUUAUUAAACAAUGA